AUGUAUUUCACGCUCCGCCUUCUUCCUACUGCCGGUGCCCGGGAAAGGGAAGUGAGGUACUUCCGGUGUAAUGGCGGCGCGGUGUGGUUCCAGGUAAUUAUCGAAUUCCGUGGACUCGCGGAAGAGCCAACUGGGGGUGGUGGAUUGCCGAAUCAGCAUUCUUCUGGUCAUGACAGAAGGGAAAACUAUAAUUCAUAUCAGAGGACCUCCUCUCCAGAAGACAGAUAUGCAGAACAAGAGAGAUCUCCACGGGAUAGAGAUUAUUUUGACUAUAGCAGGUCAGACUAUGAGCAUUCAAGAAGAGGACAUUCUCAUGAUGGUAGCAUGGAGUCACGAAGUAGGGACCGAGAAAAACGCAGAGAAAGAGAAAGAGAUGUGGAUCGGAAAAGGUCCCGGAAAUCUCCAUCUCCUGGGAGAAGAAGCCCAGAACCAUCAGUAACCCAGAGUUCCUCUGCUCAGGAUGAACCUACUGCAAAGAAGAAGAAAGAUGAGCUGGAUCCUCUCCUUACUCGCACUGGUGGAGCAUACAUUCCCCCUGCAAAGCUCAGGAUGAUGCAAGAGCAGAUUACAGAUAAAAACAGCUUAGCCUACCAGAGAAUGAGCUGGGAGGCCCUAAAGAAGUCAAUCAACGGUCUUAUCAACAAAGUCAACAUUUCCAAUAUAAGUAUUAUUAUUCAAGAGCUUCUUCAAGAAAAUAUAGUGAGAGGAAGUGAAAGCAAAGCACAUGAGGUUUUAUGCUUAGAGAUGCUCACUUUGCUCCUGGAAAGACCAACAGAUGAUAGUGUUGAAGUAGCUAUUGGUUUUCUCAAGGAAUGUGGCCUUAAAUUAACACAAGUGUCACCAAGAGGAAUCAAUGCUAUAUUUGAACGCCUUCGAAACAUUCUGCAUGAGUCUGAAAUUGACAAAAGAGUUCAAUAUAUGAUUGAGGUAAUGUUUGCUGUACGGAAGGAUGGAUUCAAGGACCACCCUAUUAUCCUAGAAGGACUUGACUUAGUGGAAGAAGAUGAUCAGUUCACCCAUAUGCUGCCUUUGGAGGAUGACUAUAAUCCAGAAGACGUUCUUAAUGUUUUCAAGAUGGAUCCUAAUUUUAUGGAGAAUGAAGAGAAGUACAAAGCUAUUAAGAAGGAAAUUCUUGAUGAAGGAGACAGUGACUCAAACACAGACCAAGAUGCUGGAAGUAGUGAGGAGGAGGAGGAAGAGGAGGAGGAAGAAGGAGAAGAAGAUGAAGAAGGACAAAAAGUGACUAUUCACGACAAAACAGAAAUUAAUCUGGUCUCAUUUCGUCGUACAAUUUAUCUUGCUAUUCAGUCAAGUUUAGAUUUUGAAGAAUGUGCUCACAAAUUGCUGAAAAUGGAGUUUCCUGAGAGUCAAACAAAAGAACUCUGCAACAUGAUACUUGAUUGCUGUGCCCAACAAAGGACGUAUGAGAAAUUUUUUGGCUUAUUAGCUGGGAGAUUUUGCAUGCUAAAAAAAGAAUACAUGGAAUCUUUUGAAAGUAUAUUCAAAGAACAGUAUGAUACCAUCCAUCGCUUGGAAACAAACAAAUUGAGAAAUGUUGCCAAGAUGUUUGCUCACCUUUUAUACACCGAUUCACUUCCAUGGAGUGUUCUUGAAUGUAUAAAACUGAGUGAAGAAACCACCACAUCAUCCAGUAGAAUUUUUGUUAAAAUAUUUUUCCAGGAACUGUGUGAAUACAUGGGUCUCCCUAAACUUAAUGCAAGAUUAAAGGAUGAAACCCUACAGCCAUUUUUUGAAGGAUUAUUACCCCGAGAUAAUCCAAGAAACACUCGGUUUGCCAUCAACUUCUUUACUUCUAUAGGUCUUGGAGGUUUAACGGAUGAAUUGCGUGAGCAUCUCAAAAAUACACCAAAGGUCAUCGUGGCACAGAAACCAGAUGUUGAGCAAAAUAAAUCCUCCCCAUCUUCCUCUUCAGCAUCCUCCUCUUCAGAGUCUGAUUCCUCUGACUCUGAUGCCGACAGCAGCAACAGCAGUUCAGAGUCUUCCAGUGAAGAGAGCGGUUCUUCAUCUGCCGGCAGUCACAACUCUGCCCCAGCUAAAAAAACAAGAAAGAAGGGACAAAAGAAGACCAGAAGUAAAGAAGUAGAUAAAUUGAUCAGGAGCCAGCAAACAAAUGAUAGGAAACACGAAGAAAGAAGACUAGAACAAAGGCACCAGGAAACAAGGACUGAGAGAGAGAGAAGGUCAGAAAAACACAGAGAUCAAAAUUCAAGAGAUGCAAAUUGGAGAGAUCCCAUAAGGAAAUACAUGUCCGACAGAGGUGUUCCUCCUGAACGAAAUAAUUACAGUAGAGUCGUGAAUGACAGAGACCAAGAAAUGCACAUAGAUUUGGAAAAUAAGCAUGGUGAUCCUAAAAAGAAGAGAGAAGAGAGAAGACAUUCUUUUUCUGAGAAUGAGAGGCACAGACACCGAAAUAAGGACAGUGAAAAUUUUAGAAGAAAAGAUAGAUCAAAGUCAAGGGAAACAGAUAGAAAACAUUCAGGCUCUAGAAGUGAUGAGGAUAGGUAUCAGAAUGGUGCCGAGAGGCAAUGGGAAAAAUCUAGCAGGUACUCUGAACAAUCCAGAGAAUCAAAGAAAAAUCAGGAGCGGCGAAGGGAAAAGUCUCCAGCAAAGCAAAAAUAAUUCUACAAAAUGACAUAAACUGGACAUGCCUUAUAUUAAGUUGAAACAGAUUAUUUUUUACAUCGAUUGGUGAACUUUAUAGAGAAUUCUUGUAUAAAGUACUGGUUUGUAUUUGUAAAUUUUAAAAAUGUCUUCUUUGUAACAUGUUUUAUAAUUGAUACAUCUCAAGGUCCUCCACAUAAAAUUAUUUGAAGAGAACAGUUUCACCAGAACGGGAUGUAAGUCUUGCUUAUAUUUUGGGAAUAAAAUGAUCAAAUACUCA